ACAAGAAAACACAUAUUAUGUGUGUGUGUUUUUUAUUGUUUAGGAAACAUAAAACUGUAUAGCUAUUCUGAUCACUACUUCACACUUUUGUAUCCAACCUGUCUUUUGAGUCGAUUUUGACUUUAUUCUGCCACAGAAACACCAGCCACAGUUUAUCAUUGCAGCUUAUUUUAAUAAUACGAUACAUUUAUUAUUUUAAAAGAGAUUUAAUGAACACAAUGAGGGGCCGUAAUUUUAAUUCUCCUCAGGUGAGGCUGAACAUGCAGCUUUUAGGGCCCCCUGGUGGCUUGGGGGCCCACAUCUAGCAAGAAAAUUAAAAUGAUAAAUAGUCGAGCAGGGCCCUCCAUAACAGAAGAACAGUCACAAAAACACCCCAGGUUAAUCAUUAAAUUACAAUAAACAAAUCAUUAGAAUAAAUAACCCCUUUUACAACACCCUCUCACGUGCUUCUCAGAAACACAUGUGACACUCACCCAUGAGCUGCCUCAUGCUGUCAACACUGAAGAAGAUGACAGAGAGACUCCUGGUAAUCUCUCAAAUACGCACUUUGUUUUCUCUCCUCCCCUCUCAUUCUCCUCUUCAUUGAGUUCAAACUCUGCUCCGCUCGGAACAGGAGGCAGAUCCUAAAGCUGCAUGGAUCGUGGACUUCAUUGCUCAGCUAUGCAGUAGAGAGGAGGAUUAGCCCUGCAAGCUGAGCACUGGUGCACUGGACCUUUAACCACCACCAGGCUGACUGAGAGAGACAAAACUUUUACCUUCCUCUUCAUCUUCCCCUUCUCCUGUUGUCACCCCCUCUUUCUUCUCUUUCAACUAUGACCCUUCUAUCAGACGACCAGUCUGUGCGGCCCCAGCCCUGCCAGCUCCUAGAGCCGGGCAAACACUUGAGCACUUCCAUGCACCACUACUCAACAGACUGCAUUGGCUCCAAAGAGGACUACAUGGACAGUGUGGACAGAGCUGUGUUUGGAGCCACGGAGCCCCCCAAACGCUCUCGGGGUCGCCUUAUUCUUCACGGCCUGGUCAUGUUUGGAAGGGAAUUCUGUUACGCUGUGGAGGCAGCCUUUGUCACGCCGGUGCUUCUGAGCGUGGGACUUCCCCGCAGCCUCUACAGCCUGGUGUGGCUCAUCAGCCCCAUCCUGGGCUUCCUGCUGCAGCCCAUCAUCGGCUCGGCCAGUGACUAUUGUCGCUCUAAGUGGGGCCGACGGAGGCCUUACAUCCUGACCCUGGGCAUCCUCAUGCUGCUGGGACUCACCCUGUUCCUCAAUGGAGAUGCUGUCAUCUCAGAGCUGAUCGUUGACCGGUCACAGAGGAGUACGUGGGCCAUCGUAGUGGUGAUGCUCGGUGUGGUGCUGUUUGACUUCGCUGCAGACUUCAUUGAAGGACCCAUCAAGGCCUACUUGUUUGACGUGUGUUCACAUCAGGACAAGGAGCGGGGUCUGCACUACCACGCUCUCCUCACAGGCCUGGGUGGAGCAUUCGGUUACCUGGUGGGAGCAAUGGACUGGGGCCAUUCUGUGCUGGGCCAGUUACUGGGAUCCGAGUACCAGGUCAUCUUUUUCUUCACAGCGCUGACCUGGAGCAUCUUCCUCACUGUGCAUCUCUUCAGCAUUCCAGAGGAACCUCUGGGCAAGGACCAAUCUGCCUCAGAGUCUUCACGCCCUGAUGCCCUCCGCAUACUGGGAUCCCACUGCAAUGGCUACGGAACAAUGUCAAAAGACACAUCUGUGCCAGACCUCAGGCCUCGAUCAUUCUCUGCUCUGGGAGAGGCAAACUCAUUGACGUCCAGUGCCAAGCAGCCGAACGAGGAGGCACAGGAGAGGAUGACGAUUAGGUCUCUGAUGAAAGCUUUCAUCAACAUGCCAAAACACUACCGCUGCCUGUGUGUCAGUCACCUGCUCGGAUGGACGGCCUUCCUCUGCAAUAUGCUCUUCUUCACUGAUUUCAUGGGACAGAUUGUGUACAAGGGAAAUCCUUAUGCUGAACACAACUCAACAGCCUACCUCACAUAUGAGAGAGGAGUUGAAGUCGGCUGCUGGGGACUUUGCAUUAAUGCGGUGUCGUCUGCUCUCUACUCCUAUGUGCAACGUUUCCUUCUCCAGUACAUCGGCUUGAAGGGCUUAUACUUCGUGGGCUACUUUGUGUUUGGUAUCGGCACCAGCCUCAUUGGCCUCUUCCCCAACGUCAUCACCACGCUCAUCCUCUGCAGCGUAUUCGGAGUCAUGUCCAGCACGCUCUACACCGUCCCAUUCAACCUGAUCGCCGAGUAUCAGCGUGAAGAACAGGAGAAAAUGACAAUGCAGGGACACAGCGAAAGUCCGCGCGGCACCGGCGUGGACUGCGCGGCGCUCACCUGUAUGAUCCAGCUGGCUCAGAUCAUUGUGGGCGUGGGACUCGGUGCUUUGGUCAACUUGGCGGGAAGUGUAAUUGUGGUGGUGCUCUCGGCCUCGACCGCGUCGCUGUUGGGCUGCGUCUUCAUCGCCCUCUUCAUCAGAUAUGUGGAAUGAUUCUGCUCAAAUUGAAGUGCUUUAAUGGUGUUUGUUUUAAUAAAUACGUGAAGAUUA